AUGUCAUUCAUCAAGGAGCGAGCUGACCUGCUGAAGAGGGGAAGCGGGGCGGCCCAGCUGAAGUACAAGAAGACGGGUGGCUGCGCCACCAGCGAAGGCGACCGUUACGAAGAGCGCUGCUUGGCCCUGCUGUUUCUGAGGGGCGUCCGGGAGGGCCUGCAGUUCGCCCUCUCGGCCAACGACGCCGCCGGCGGCAAGUUUGACGACGCCGUCCUCUGCUGGAGCAGCAACCAAAGCCCCGGCGCGUGUACUCUGCUGGCGCAACUGAAGCACAAGACGUCCACCAAGCAGACAACAGUUACGAAGGCGAGCCUCAUGAGCCCCAAGGGGAAUAAGAAGAGCGGUACAGAUUUCUCUAUAGACGCGUACCACGAAUCUUACGGGAAAAUCAAGAACUCUUUAGAGGCUGGCAGUUACGCACUUGUAUUGUCUACAAAUAUCGACCUGGACGAAGACGCACGGCAUAUGUUUGUGGAACACGAGGCGAAAUCAGUUCCUGGGUUGCCACUUCUUGAAGCGGGCGGUUCUUCCUACAGACUUAGAGCAGAUAACGAGGAUGUCAGGAGUGUAGUGCACGAUGACGAGCAAUUUCUGAAAAACUUUUACUUUUUCUUUCGUCAGAGCAACGCUACAACAAUAGAGAGCUACAUUUAUGAAGAGUUGAAACAGUUGCUCGGCGCCGGUGAAACCUCCUGCAUACGUAUGUGUGGAGAUUUAUGCAGAAGCGUAAGGGAGUGGAUGAACGCGGAGAGCGUUUGUCUCACCACCGACUGGAAAAAGUGGCACAAUAUUGUUGGGGCGUACGUUAGGAAUGAGGUGACAACUUGCAACAGCGUAGUGACUCGAAUAAAGUACGACUGUGUAGGACCUCUUGAGGCGCACAUCCAGCGUUCGAAUCCAGCUUGGAUCAGGCCAGCGGGCGAGGAAGUGUCGCCGCUCUCCGCAACCAAAGUUCAUCAAAUAAUCUGCGGUGAAACACACGUCGUGGUCAGCACGACGCGUCUGAGAGAGUUGGAAGAAAAAAUUCUUUGUUGCUGGGGCCCGUUCUGCCGAUGGCUGGUUGUUGUUGACGAUGCGGAACACAGCUACGACACUCUACUUCGCAUGGAGCAACUGGCUGGACCCGAGCGACGCCUUGUAAUAGUGUCGUAUAAGAAGGACGACUCGUUUCUAGAUUCAUGCAAGUCAGGUGAUAUUAGUGAAGAGAGCUGGAAGGAGCUCAUAGACGUCUCUGUCAGACUGAACAGUGACCAACAUUCGUGCUGUCUGGGAGAUCUCUGUGACGAAGAAAGUCUCAAAAAGAUCUUAGACGGGAAACCUGAAGCAAUACUCUCCCUAUCGCAGCUGUCAGGCCCUUUGAGGAUGGGUCAAGACUUGGAUCCACUACCAGUGAACCACAUUCCCAGAGAGCUCACAUUUCGGAUGCGUGUCAAACACGAAUUUCUCUCAUCACUCGGAGACAGGGAAGUGUGCAUCAUGGAUGAAGUAUCCUAUAAGCUCCUCACCAAGAAGUCUAUUUUGAAGAAUAUUAUCAACUUUGAAGACUUUGACAACUACCUCCGUGAUUCAGACCCACUCUGGCCUCUCAUUGCCGUUACUAACAACAUCGAUCUUUCUGCAAUUCGAAUGAUAUGCAGUAGAUAUGCAGACAUACGUGUGUAUGUUCUAAAUAACCUAGAUGACGAAUGGCUAUACGUUGAAGAGCAAUCAAGAAGCGUAUUGCAAGUUCUGAAUAGCUCGAAUAAUCGAGUUAUCGUUGAAGGGAAACCAGGUAUAGGGAAAUCUACUAUGUUGCUAGAUAUGGCAAGCCAGCUGAAGUGCCAGGAUCCUUCGUGGUGGAUCCUGAGAAUAGACUUACUGAACUACUCAGAAGUCUUAGACAGUUGCAUCAGCGGUCAGAAAGCCAGUAAGCUUAUUUUGGAACGAGUGUUAUACAACGAGAGAAACCUGGGCGUACUGGAACGCUCACUUCUUCAGCACUGUCUGCUGGAGUAUCCUCGUAUCAUCUGCAUGGCGGACGGCUUCGACGAGGUCUGCCCAGACUACGGAGACAAAUGCUUACAGGCUCUGCGGGAGUUGGCUCCACGCCAUGGGAAGCUGCUGGUGACGACUCGACCCUCCGUGACGGGCCGCCUCGAGGCUGCCCUGGAUGUUUCGGCGCACACGCUGCCUGCUCUCAGUGAUGACCAAGUGGACGAAUUCCAUAGGGGGUCCAGCUCAGAUGUAGUAGUUACUGGUGUGGUUAGAGAUCUGUUGAAGAUCCCUCUGUUUUCAAAAAUGUAUGCAGACUCAUUGGAAAGUGGAGCUGAGGUAGAGGACAUUGUGAGCCUUUAUGAAGCUUUUUUUGAAAGGAAAUUGAAAAGAUUGCACGAAGAGAAGUGGGGUGAUAAUUUAUCCAUACCUGGUAGAAGGAAAAAGGUGAAGAGGGAAUGGCAGGAGCACGAGAAGCUGUUGGGGUUUCUUGCAGUGACACACCUUCUCCCUAGAAUUGAAGUACCUAGGCGAGAGCAACAGUCCACUGUAGAUCGAGAGGAUCUCGUGAAGGCUGGAGUCAUUUACCGAUUUAUUGAUGAUAAGCCAGUUUUCAUUCACAGGACCUUUGCUGAGCAUUUCUUAGCCAAGUGGUGCUUUACCGACGAUGCAGCCAGUCAGUGUGGAAAUGUGUACCGCAGUGCUCUUGCCGACAGCAGCUUGGAGUUUUUCGUCGAGUCUUUCGACAGAAUAGCGAGUAGGGGCCGACCGCUCCUGACGGCAGUGAUCAACGGCAGUGAGAGUGAGGUGAAAUCGCUGCUAGAGAAGGGCGCUGAGCCCAUGGAGAGGGAUGAGAUGGGACGCAGCUCACUGCAUCUGGUACCAGCCUACACUGGCGACUCCUCACUGCUGCGGCUGCUUGUAGAACGGCUGGAGGUGGCGGCGGUGACGAGGGACGGAGGAUCGGCAUCAGGGGCAGCAGAAGCAGCAGUGUCACGGGGAGCCGCGGAGGCGAAGUCAGUAGCCGAGGUGGAUGAGGCGCUGAGGUCCGUCGAACCCCACCGGCUGGCGACCGACUCGGAUUCGGCAGAGGCUUCGGGGACACCUGGGGCGUGGGGUGCUGGGGAAGAGACGGGAGCAGUUGGUCCACUACAGUAUGCGAAGGCAGCGAAGGCGGUGUCUGAGGCGAUGGGUGCGGAGGACGGGCUGCUGCACUGGACGCCACUGCGCUACGCUGCGGAGCACCGGCGCUGGUGGGCAGUGCCUGCGCUUCUGGAGAUGGGCGCCGAGCUGCGUCACCUGGGAGACUUCCAGCGCGGCCGUUACACACCUGAGGAGCUGUGGCGCGUUUUCCAAAAAAAUGGAUACAGAGCACUGUUCGAUUAUAUACUUGGCAAGAAUCAGUCCCAGAUUGUCAAACAGACAAACGAAAACAAGAGGCUUUUAGAGAUCCAGGUUGGAGUAUCCAUCGCGUGUGUGGACAUGUCUGUAUUGCAGCACACACUAAUCGAGCUUAAAGCUGAAAGAAAUCGUGAUGCUGAGGUGGCGAGGCUCUCUGCGUUUAAGGCACGAGACAUAUUCAAAAAGAGACUAAGUGAUGGAUCUACAGCACAGAAGGCUGAGCUACACCAGUGGAGAGAGAUACUUCCUGAAUCUACGUUUGACAGUAUAGUGCAGCAGCUGAAAAGAGCCCGUGACGGUAGGACGCUGCGCGGUGCACGUGGUGCGACGAUGUUUUCCAACGCAGUAGUAACAGGUGAUGCAGAAUGUGUACGACUGCUGAUCCAGGCUGGGGUUGACCUCAAUGUACAGUUCAGUAGUGGUAGGACAGCUACACAUGAGGCAGCAGCUGCUGGGCAUGUCGACUGCUUAGAGUCGCUACUCUCUGCUGGUGCUGACGUCAAUGUGAAAGACAAGUCAGGUCUGACUCCCCUGCACUGCGCAGCAGCGACGGGCAGGGCGCAGUGUGUGAAGCUACUGCUGCGGGCCGGCGCAGACGCGCUUGCGCAGGACUCGAAACGGAAGAGUCCGCUGCAUUGUGCAGCAUAUGCAAGGGCUGCGGAAUGCGUCAGGCUACUGGCCAAUUCAGCCAAAAACCUGGAGGUUAGAGACCUGAAAGGCGCCACAGCACUGCACUACGCUGCAGAGAAUGGCGAUGUUGAAAGUGUGGAGCACCUGUUACGAGCAGGGGCUGACAGCAGCCCACUGAGUGACACCGUGGGCACACCUCUGCACGUGGCUGCAAAGACAGGCAACGUCGACUGCGUGAGGCUGCUGCUGCAGGCGGGGGCCAAUCUGACGGCGGGAACUGCUGGUGGUUUAACUGCGCUGCACUUGGCCCCACGGGGAGGCAACCCAGAUAGUGUGAUGCACCUGCUGAAAGCUGAUGCGAAUAUCCAAGAGAAGGCUGAUAUCGGUUUGACUCCGCUUGCCACUGCAGCAGAAUCCCGCAGACCAACCUGCGUGAGGGUACUGGUGGAAGAAGGAGCUGACGUGGACGAGAUGGACAGGGAGGGUCGCACACCACAGCACCACGCAGCAGGAACGGGCAACGCUGAGAGUGUGAAGCUACUGCUGGACGCUGGUGCAGAUGCACUUGCCCAGGACUCGCUACGUAGAACACCACUGCAUGCAGCAUCAGGCGAGGGGAAUGCAAAACGUGUCAGGCUCCUGGUGAAGAAAGAAGCUGAUGUCGACAAGAGGGACAGCAACGGCCUAACACCACUACACCAUGCAGCAUCCAGUGGCAAGACUGAGAUUGUGAAGCUACUGCUGGACGCUGGUGCAGAUGCACUUGCCCAGGACUCGCUAAGUAGGACACCACUGCAUGCAGCAUCAGGCGAGGGGACUGCAGAAUGUGUCAGGCUCCUGGUGAAGAAAGGAGCUGAUGUCGACAAGAGGGACAGCGACGGUGCAACACCACUACACCGUGCAGCAUCCAGUGGCAAGACUGAGAUUGUGAAGCUACUGCUGGACGCUGGUGCAGAUGCACUUGCCCAGGACUCGCUAAGUAGGACACCACUGCAUGCAGCAUCAGGCGAGGGGAAUGCAGAAUGUGUCAGGCUCCUGGUGAAGAAAGGAGCUGAUGUCGACAAGAGGGACAGCGACGAUGCAACACCACUACACCGUGCAGCAUCCAGUGGCAAGACUGAGAUUGUGAAGCUACUGCUGGACGCUGGUGCAGAUGCACUUGCCAAGGACUCGCUAAGUAGGACACCACUGCAUGCAGCAUCAGGCGAGGGGAAUGCAAAAUGUGUCAGGCUCCUGGUGAAGAAUGAAGCUGAUGUCGACAAGAGGGACAGCAAUGGCCUAACACCACUACACCAUGCAGCAUCCAGUGGCAAGACUGAGAUUGUGAAGCUACUGCUGGACGCUGGUGCAGAUGCACUUGCCCAGGACUCGCUAAGUAGGACACCACUGCAUGCAGCAUCAGGCGAGGGGAAUGCAGAAUGUGUCAGGCUCCUGGUGAAGAAAGGAGCUGAUGUCGACAAGAGGGACAGCGACGGUGCAACACCACUACACCGUGCAGCAUGCAGUGGCAAGACUGAGAUUGUGAAGCUACUGCUGGACGCUGGUGCAGAUGCACUUGCCCAGGACUCGCUAAGUAGGACACCACUGCAUGCAGCAUCAGGCGAGGGGAAUGCAGAAUGUGUCAGGCUCCUGGUGACGAAAGGAGCUGAUGUCGACAAGAGGGACAGCGACGGUGCAACACCACUAUACCGUGCAGCAUCCUGUGGCAAGACUGAGAUUGUGAAGCUACUGCUGGACACUGGUGCAGAUGCACUUGCCCAGGACUCGCUAAGUAGGACACCACUGCAUGCAGCAUCAGGCGAGGGGAAUGCAAAAUGUGUCAGGCUCCUGGUGAAGAAAGGAGCUGAUGUCGACAAGAGGGACAGCAAUGGUGGAACACCACUACACUAUGCAGCAUACAGUGGCCAGAAUGAGAUUGUGAAGCUACUGCUGGACGCUGGUGCAGAUGCACUUGCCCAGGACUCGCUACGUAGGACACCACUGCAUGUAGCAUCAGGCGAGGGGAAUGCAAAAUGUGUCAGGCUCCUGGUGAAGAAAGGAGCUGAUGUCGACAAGAGGGACAGCAACGGCGUAACACCACUACACUUUGCAGCAUACAGUGGCAAGACUGAGAUUGUGAAGCUACUGCUUGACGCUGGUGCAGAUGCACUUGCCCAGGACUCGCUACGUAGGACACCACUGCAUGUAGCAUCAGGCGAGGGGAAUGCAAAAUGUGUCAGGCUCCUGGUGAAGAAAGGAGCUUAUGUCGACAAGAGGGACAGCAACGGCGUAACACCACUACACUUUGCAGCAUACAGUGGCAAGACUGAGAUUGUGAAGCUACUGCUUGACGCUGGUGCAGAUGCACUUGCCCAGGACUCGCUAAGUAGGACACCACUGCAUGCAGCAUCAGGCGAGGGGAAUGCAAAAUGUGUCAGGCUCCUGGUGAAGAAAGGAGCUGAUGUCGACAAGAGGGACAGCGACGGCCUAACACCACUACACCGUGCAGCAUCCAGUGGCAAGACUGAGAUUGUGAAGCUACUGCUGGACGCUGGUGCAGAUGCACUUGCCCAGGACUCACUACGUAGGACACCACUGCAUGUGGCAUCAGGCGAGGGGAAUGCAAAAUGUGUCAGGCUCCUGGUGAAGAAAGGAGCUGAUGUCGACAUGAGGGACAGCAACGGUGGAACACCACUACACUAUGCAGCAUACAAUGGCGAGACUGAGAUUGUGAAGCUACUGCUGGACGCUGGUGCAUAUGCACUUAACCAGGACUCGCUAAGUAGGACACCACUGCAUGCAGCAUCAGGCGAGGGGAAUGCAGAAUGUGUCAGGCUCCUGGUGAAGAAAGGAGCUGAUGUCGACAAGAGGGACAGCAACGGCGUAACACCACUGCACUUUGCAGCAUACAGUGGCGAGACUGAGAUUGUGAAGCUACUGCUGGACGCUGGUGCAGAUGCACUUGCCCAGGACUCGCUAAGUAGGACACCACUGCAUGCAGCAUCAGGCGAGGGGAAUGCAGAAUGUGUCAGGCUCCUGGUGAAGAAAGGAGCUGAUGUCGACAAGAGGGACAGCGACGGUGCAACACCACUACACCGUGCAGCAUCCAGUGGCAAGACUGAGAUUGUGAAGCUACUGCUGGACGCUGGUGCAGAUGCACUUGCCCAGGACUCGUUAAGUAGGACACCACUGCAUGCAGCAUCAGGCGAGGGGAAUGCAGACUGUGUCAGGCUCCUGGUGAAGAAAGGAGCUGAUGUCGACAAGAGGGACAGCGACGGCCUAACACCACUACACUAUGCAGCAUCCAGUGGCAAGAAUGAGAUUGUGAAGCUACUGCUGGAUGCUGGUGCAGAUGCACUUGCUCAGGACUCGCUAAGUAGGACACCACUGCAUGCAGCAUCAGGCGAGGGGAAUGCAGACUGUGUCAGGCUCCUGGCGAAGAAAGGAUGUCGACAAGAGGGACAGCGAUGGCCUAACACCACUACACCGUGCAGCAUCCAGUGGCAAGACUGAGAUUGUGAAGCUACUGCUGGACGCUGGUGCAGAUGCACUUGCCCAGGACUCGCUAAGUAGGACACCACUGCAUGCAGCAUCAGGCGAGGGGAAUGCAGACUGUGUCAGGCUCCUGGUGAAGAAAGGAGCUGAU